AUGUCAACAGAGGUUGAAUCUGUAAACAACGAAACAGAAUUAGGCCGUAGACGACGGCGUCGCCGCCAGCCAGCGUUAGAAGGCGGCGAUAUCACAGUAUUAGGCGAUUCCCUUGACGAAUGCCGGUUCCCGGAGAUUGAGAGGAACAUUAUGAAGAUCCAUAUGAACAGAGUCACCGAUUGUUUAUCAGAAGAUGAUGAUGAUGAUUAUGUGGACUUGGAGAACGGUGAGCUUGAGCCAAAAGUAGAUCCACCGGGGAAAGAAGAGAGUAAUUGCAGAAUUUGUCAUCUGAAUUCAACAGAGGAUGAAGAAUUUGAAGCCGUAAUUGAAUUGGGUUGUUCUUGUAAAGGUAAAUUGGGAACUGCCCACAAGCAUUGCGCUGAGACUUGGUUCAAAAUCCGAGGCAAUUCGAAAUGUGAAAUAUGUGGUUCAGAAGCAGUGAAUAUAACAAUAGUAGUGCAGAAUGAGGCGGUUGGUGGUGGUGGUGGUGGUGCGGUGGUGGUGCCGGUGACGGCGAUGGUGCCGCCGGUGGCGGUGGUAGGUCCGGUGAUAAUUGGAGAGAAUGGAAGUUCAUGGAAUGGGCAAAGAGUUAUGAAUAUUCUUCUUGCUUGUGUUAUAAUUUUAUUUGUUAUUUCUUGGUUUUUUCAUUUAAGAAUGCUAUCUUCAUGAAAUCAAGACAAUGGUGAUCAUGUUACAUUGUAAGAAGAUAAAUUACUAAUUAAAUACUCCCUUGAAUAA